AGAGGCAUCUCGAUACCAGGACUACAAUAAAUAAAGGCAAGAGAUUAGAGAUAGUGACGUUAAUAAAACGAGAUGAAUGGAGCAGUUGCCGCCAUCAAAGCACUGCUUUUGAUCGGUAGGUUGCUGCAUUUGGUAACAUGGGGAGAAUCGGCUAUUGACGAUGACACGGCUUAUUACUGUAAUAUUUGUGCAAACCAUACUAUGUGCCUUUUUCCGUUUGAUGAUCCUGGUAAAAAUUGCCUGGGCAUUGAGAAUGGUAACCUAGAUGAUAAAGAAAUCAGGUGGAUUCUGCACAAGCAUAAUUCAUUUCGUAAUGACAUUGUAAGAAGUAAGAAAAGUCAUAAUGUAUGGUCAUUUUCCGAAAAUAUGAUGAAAAUGUUUUGGGACAAUGAACUUGCAAAAAUUGCACGCAGAUGGGUACUGCAGUGCAAUAUCUACGACAAAGACGAGUGCAGGAAUCUAGAACAAUUUCCCGUUAUGCAAAAUGUUAACACUCUGGAUUUAGAUGACGUAGGGAAUUACACAGCUAUGGAGCGGCUUGAAUUCCACUUGAAAAUAUGGUACGAUCAAUUAGAUAUCUCAAGAAAUUCUCUUGAAUAUAGUAUGGUGAAAAAAGUUGAGGAAGCUGAUUUGGCGACACCAUCUCUGAGAAAGAUGGGGUGUGCUCGCAUGACUUAUAACAUCGAUAUACACGGAGAGCGACUCAGUAGAGUCGAGUCAUUGGUGUGUAAUUACGGACCGACUAUCGAAAUCCAGGGACUCCUAGCAUCAUCUGAUACCACUGGAUGUAAAACAUUCAGCUUCCGAUAUCCGGAACUUUGUAAGAAGUUACAGGGACGAGAAUUGGUGGUGGAGAAGAACGAGGAGCUCUCUUUCCGGAUGUACGGUGGAGACGAGAACUGGCGACGACAGGGGUACACGGCAAACGUUGCUUCUGGUACUACUGCUGCCUCAUUCGACUAUCUUUUCCUCGUGAUGCUGAUGCUGCUACUACAUUACUCUCCCAUCCACUACAUACACCAUUUUAUCUUCACCUGACGAUGAUUACCUGGAAGUUCUUUUUAUGUUUUUCAUUGCAGUUGCAUU